CCUAAGACAACCCAGAAAACAUGCAUUUGCAUUAGAGCGGCUGUUGCACCGCAUCCGCACCAGUAAAGUGAGAAGCGAGGACGUGAACGCACCGUCCGGAGGCUGCAGAGAUACCGGAGGGAAAAACAAAAGUGUUUUAACAACCGGGAUUAAACUGCACACACGGAAAACUAUGACGGAUAUAUGAUGCAGAGAACAUAAACACCCACUGCCUUUCUCUGCACACGACACGGACUGACUUACUUUCUGCUUCUUCAGAGACGUCUGGGUUUGUUCCACUGUCCUCAAGAUGCAUAUGAAUAGCUUAUUAAGUCAAUGGACUGACAUCUCCAGAAUGUGUGAUGUGGACGUAUCCUCCGAGCCCACCAGUCCAACUCUGUAUGGCGAGUCCUCAGAUAAGUACUACACCGUGGACCGCUGGCAGAAGCUCCGCACAGCUGUCCGUAAACUGGAAUUCUGGGAGAACUUCACAUCUGAGCUGAUCGGGAGUGGCUUCUUCUCCAAAGUCUACAAGGUGAUACACAGUACCAGUCGGAAGGUGAUGGUGGUGAAGAUCUACAAAAAUGAUGUGGACCAAGACAGCAUUGUACGAGAGAUCAGCCUUCUGCAGAAACUGUCCCACCCCAACAUCGUCAGAUACCUGGGAAUCUGUGUCAAAGAGGACAAACUGUAUCCGAUCUUAGAGUAUGUCAAUGGUGGAUGUCUGGAGGAGCUUCUGGCCCGGAAGGACAUCCCACUGUGCUGGAGAGAGAAGGUGGACCUGGCCUGUGACAUCAGCAGAGGAAUGAUUUACCUUCACUACAAGAACAUUUACCACAGAGACUUAAACUCCAAGAACUGUCUGAUCAGGGUGACGUCUCGUGGUCGGGAGGCUCUGGUGACCGACUUCGGUUUGGCCAGGGAGGUGGUGGAGCUGCCGGUGAAGGACCCCGACAGGAAGCUGUCACUGGUGGGGUCGGCCUUCUGGAUGGCGCCUGAGAUGCUCCGAGGAGAGCCGUACGACCGCAAGGUGGACGUUUUCUCUUUUGGGAUCGUACUUUGUGAAAUCCUGGCCCGGAUCCCUGCAGACCCUGAGAUUUUACCCAGAAGUCAGGACUAUGGGCUGGAUGUGAGUGCGUUCAGAGAGCUGGUCAGCGACUGUCCUCAGUGUCUGCUGGAGCUGGCGUCCAGCUGCUGUAUGGUGGAGUCUUUCAGACGUCCGGCAUUCACUGAGCUGUUGGAUGAGUUAGGGGAGGUGGCUGAGAGUCUGGAGCUGCCGCCACCACCAAAAUCCGACCUGACCACGAGCUGAGAGGUUGCCACGGACUCCUGUGUGGGCGGGUCUGUCAGCGGUCUGGACAGGAAGUUGGACUGAAGUCAACCCGAACAUCGUAUCCCUGCGGGGCUUCUGUUUCCUCCACUGCACAACACAUGAUACUGGCUGAAGUUUCCCGAAGCGGUGCAGGUGAACUGGACGUGCAGUGGAAACGCUCCUGAUUCCUCACGGACACUUUGAUUGACACAUUUAUGUACAGAUAAGUAGUAGAUUUAAGAGUGAAUAUACAGUAAGUUUAGCUUUUUACCUGACCUAAACGUCUUGGUUCUCUCUCAGUUCCUUCUGUUUUUAGUCUGUGGUUUGUUUUGUAACUGACGACACAGAUGAUUGAGUCUGUCGACGUAUUUCUGGACUUUUCCGUCCUUCCUUCCUGUCCGUUUUAAUUCAAGAUGGCCGUUGCUGCCACUGCCGCCGCAGGCCUGGACCCUCAUUCAGCGCCUCUCGAGCACAAAAUGACUUUGUUUAGACUGAGCAGGAGCGGUUCUGCUUUCUGCUCGGACUCGGAAUCAAGCUCACCUGACAUACAAAUCACACAGUAAAGGAGGUAAAACGGCUUCAGAAAACAGCGGUGGAUUCUCACAGAAAUAACAAACCAGGAGAGACUCUUAAAAUGUCUAAAUGUAGACGUUUGUCCAAGUUGUUACUGAUGAUGGAGAUGAAAACUUCAAAUGUGCCCAAAUUUUCUCUGUGUUCAGGUUCACUAUUCACAUCUACAGAGCUAUUUAUUGUUUCUGUAAAGUCUAUUUUUUCUUUUAUGAUAUUUUAAUCUAAAAACCAUCUGAUAUUCAGGGUCAGAAAAAAAAAAAUCAGUGUGUGGAGCUUUGACAGCAUAGCCUAACGUCCAUGUCUGUUGCUUUAUAGUUGUCAUAUUUCGUUGUUUUCUUUCAGACUUUAUGGAAUUACUUUGAGUUGAACAUAAUGUAUGUAAAUAUUUGAGCUUUAUCCUUUUGAUUGUGGUAUUUUUAUUGCAGCCUUUUUGGGAUUGAAAGGGUCUGUAUUCAUUCAGUUUCACCCGUAUUUACUCCUCUCUGGUUUUUUUGUGUUUUCAUAGUGAGUUUUCAGGCAGCUAAGAUAGAAAAGAAACUCCCACAAAAGUCAAAUCUAGCGUUUUAUAGAUUCAUCUGAGGUAGAAUUACAGAUACACAGACAUAAACGAGUGGAAAGAAAAUGUUUCGAAUGGUGAAAACAAAUGCAGGUGAAACAUAGAACUCCCCCUCGAUCCUUUUAGGAUGACAGAAAAGAAAACAGAUGGAGGUAACAGGCUUUAAAUCUCACAAGGGAGGAGAAAGAAAGAAAAGAAAGAAAAUAAUAAAAAUGAGAUGGUUAUUUCCCCUCAGAGUCCUUCUCAGAACAGAUCAUGUGUUCUGACUGUAUGUGCAUGAAUCUGCAUUCAGGGUGUCAUUCCAUUCCAUUAUGGAAAACAAAUGGUUUUCAUUUCAGUUUUCUCUACUUUAAUAAAAAUUGGAAAAUAAAGACUCAGACUCACAUUCAGUCCCAUUUUCA